AUGUUCGCCGACGGAAGCAUCGCUGUGGCUCUUGUCAAGAACCAAGUCAUGAUCGUUCAAGCUGCGCGCACACACACCACACGCGAGAAAUAUCUCGAGGUCCGCACUUACACACCCUUCGGAGAGGGCGUUUUCCUCCCCACCGAGGUCCCCAUUGCGCGCAUCUGCUCCUCCGAUCUUUUGACUGUCCUCCCGCCCAUGGACGCCAGCCGCAUCGCCUCCCAAGGCAUACUUGAGCUUCCCAAAAAGGCGUUUUCCAAGUACAUCGAGUACAGCUCUCGCCACCAGAAACGCUAUGAGAGUCUCUGGAGUGCAUGGGUCUCCAAGCACUGA